AUGCAAGUUCUCGCAUUUCGGAAAGAGCUCAAAAUAUCAAGAACUCUCAUUCAACUCUUUAAUAUCAUUUCAGGUGUCAAUAUGGAUCCUUUAUCAAUUAGCGCGAGUAUCUCUGGGCUGAUAAGUAUCGUCAAGGAUCUAUCUGGAACUACUUAUAAAUAUUUUAAAUCUGCAAAAGGAGCCUCGGAGGAGAUCAAGCAGCUCGCAGAACAGAUGACCGUUCUGUUUGGCAUUCUAAAUAGCUUGAGCUUAGUGGCUUCACGAUUCGAUGAUGAGUCACGGACCUCAACCAUGCAGCUUCAGCAUCUCAAUAAGGCUGAUCCAAACAAUCCUGAUCAGACUAAGACUAGGUCCAGUCAAAAAGCUUACAAGUUGAAGAAAUCGCUCACGUGGCCAUUCACUACAAGCGAAACAAAAGAUCUCAUCACCUUGAUGGCAACUCAGAUAUCGGCAUUGACUUUAGCAUUGCAGGCUGAUGGGAUGAAUGCACUACUUGACGCUCUUGGAAAUCAAAGAAUGCAGAUGAUAAAAUUGGAUGAUAUUAAUGCGAACAUUUUAGCUGAGAGAAAAGAAAGAACACUGAGAGCAAUGAAUGAACAGCAGAAAGAAAUGAUUCAGUGUAUAUCACCCCAUGAUCCAAGUAAGAAAUAUCACGAAGUUGCUGCGAAACUUCGUCAUCCUGAUAGCGGCCAAUGGUUUCUCACCUGUGAGCCAUUCAAAGAAUGGCUGGCAUCAAAAGGGUCUAAAUUGUGGCUCCAUGGGAUUCCCGGAGCUGGGAAAACAGUGUUAUCGAGUUCCAUUGUCACAUUUAUCGCCACUAAGCUCCAGGGGCUCAAAGAAGACGAGUGUCUAGCAUUUUUCUAUUGUGAUUAUAAAGAUUCUAGGACACAUGAUUCCUUGGUUAUACUUGGUUCUCUAAUCAAGCAGCUCUCUCUAUCCAAUCAGCGUUGCCUCCUUAAACUCGAAAGUUUUUGGAAGCAACAAUGUUCAGAUAAAUUUGGAGGGCAGGGUGCUUUGAACUCAACUACCCCAGAACAUCUCUGCGAUCUUAUUAGAGAUAUGUCUAGCUGUGUUGACAAUAUUAACAUAAUCGUUGAUGCUCUGGAUGAGUGCGGUGAUGGACGAUCGAAGGUUGUGGAGCUCCUGUCACAAUUGGCCACCGACGAAUAUAACAAUAUCAGAGUUAUUCUCACAUCAAGAGAAGAAUUUGAUAUCGAACAUUUCCUGAAAGAUUUCAAAAAGGUGUCCAUUGCCGCGGAUAAAAGCGAUUUGAGGCUCUAUGUCCACGCGGAAUUGAAGAGACGCUUGGAAGAUAAUAGCUUGAUUGUUAUAAAUGAGUCCCUUAAACAAGAAAUUGCACAUCGAUUAGUAAAUGAUGCUGAAGGAAUGUUUCGAUGGGUAGUGUGCCAGUUUGAUCACUUAUGUGGCCUUACCAACGAUAAAGCAAUCCGAGAAGCUUUGCAAUCUCUACCUCCAACUCUAUUUGGGACUUAUGAGCGAAUUCUCGACCGCGCCAAUAGCAAAAGCAGUGAUAUCAAAAGACUGGUUCGCCGUGUACUAGCAUGGACAGUUUGUAGUCCUCUCACUUUACUUACAGGGGAUCUUCUAGAAGCUAUAGCCAUCAACCUGAACGAUAAUACCCUGAGCCAAGAUUCUAUGGCUAAUGAAAAACAUAUACUUAAAUGGUGUAGUAGCCUUGUUAGGAGUACCGGACAGUCUGGCGAAACACAAAUUGAAUUAGCGCAUUUUACUGUGAAGGAGUUCCUUCUAGUAAAGGUCAAACCACAAUCUGAUGAUGUUUAUGCUGAAUAUCGUAUCUUCAAAGAAUGGCAUUAUCUUCAUCUCGCAAAAAUCUGUUUAACCUACCUUCUGUUUGACGAUUUCAAAAAGAUUGGGAUUUGCAAUACACAGGAGGCGGUGGAUGAAAGAGAUGAAAAACAUCCGUUUUAUUGGUAUGCUUCUGAGCAUUUUUUUGAAUAUGCUAUUGAUCAUCAGAAUGAUGAGGACUUGCUUCAUUUACUGAAAGUUCUUUUCGACCCUACCAAAACGAAUAACUUUCUUUGUUGGAGCCAACAACUGAUGUCGGGUCACAAAUUCGAGAAUGAAAAAAUUGGGUAUAUGUGGGAUACAACACCAUUGCAUUUCGCUGCUCUACUAUCCUUGGAUAGAGUGUGUGUUUGGCUGGUUGAGAAUUCGGAAUUUCGGGUAAAUGUUAAUAGAUUUAGCGGUAUUGGUACUCCCCUCGCCUGCACGCUGGCACCGCAGCUCAUGCUUGUUCGCGACCACUCGCUUUAUAUUGAUCAUCCUGCAGUCGAUAACAACAAAUGUAAAGUUUUGAAAUGCUUGCUGAAGUCGGGCUUGGUUAUUAAUAAUGUUCGAAUCGAUCCCAGGCGGGACUGGUCACCUUUAGCAAUGGCUGUUAAUGCUGAUAUCGGCUGGGAUAUCCUACUCAAAGAAGGUGCUGUAAUCGACAAUACCUGCAUGACUGAACUGGAAAAGAUUGGACACGAAGAAACGAAAUUGGUCCGUAGAUUUGUCGAAAACGUGACCGAAAUUAAUAUAUCCGCAGACGUGAAAUCCAGAUUUACUAAAUUAGCACUCGAACAAAAAGAUACAGGCCUUCCCGUAUUAGAACUGAUCUCCAAAUCAAACGAUAUGAUUGACGUAAUUGGUCGAGAAGCUGCAUUGCAAAAGGCCUCGCUCUUUGGCCAAAUCGGGGUUGUGAAAGAUGUCCUUGCACAAUCGGAUCUUGAUAUUAAUUUUUAUGGCCCAGAGACUCAUGGUCUUACUGCCCUUCACAGUGCAUCUUUUAGUGGCCAAAUAGAUGUUGUACGUCUUUUGAUAGAUCACGGUGCUGCCUUGGACUUGAAAGUAUCUAAGCCAAGUUACUUCAGAGGGUUUCGUCACCUAACCGCUUUUAUGCUUGCAUUACUUAGAGGGAAAAUAGAAGUUGCUAUGCUUCUUGAAAAUUCAGGGGCGGAUAUAAAUGCGUUAGAUGAUCGCGGCCAUUCAACUCUUCAUAUGGCAGCGAGAUGCAGUGUUUCCAUGCUUGAGUAUAUCCUCCAUUCGCCUAGAUUCAAUCAGAACGUCUCUGUACGCUCCACUGGGAAUACCACGGUUCUCAUGAUGGCAGUCAUCAGUGGUGACAAAAAUAAUGUUGAAUACGUUUUGAAGAGGUCAAGUCUCUCUGAUGUAUUUGCAAGAUGUACAUUCCCAAAUUAUUCUGACCCUCAUAAUGGCUAUACCGCUCUCCAUUUUUCCGUCCAUUACAAUUCGCCACGAUCUAUAAUAGAAAUCCUUAUUCAAUCUGGGCUUGAGAUGAGCUUGAAAACUGAGCUUGGAGACACACCUCUGCACAUAGCAGCAGCUCACGGCAAACUUGGAUUAUUCCGAGUAUUGAUGUCGUUUACCGAACAAGAGGUGUUUUUAACCCCGUUAAGUGCUCGAGAUCCUUUCAAAUAUACCUCGAUUGUUGACCGUGCCGCCUACAUACAAGAUACUGCAAGCAAAUGGUAUUCGCCUUCAAUCUAUCCAUCAGACUACCCGACUGAGCCAUGGUCAUCAGUUUUACUAUCUAUCAUACACGGACGCUGGGUUAGCCGGCACGAAAUGUUCCAGGCGCUUCAGAUGUACCUUUCUAUGCCUGGUAUAAAUCUAGAACCGAAAGAUGCUGAGGGAAGAUCCCCAUUGGUUGUUCUCUGUCAAGAAUUGUCGAAACCGGACGAUCCCGAUAGAUGGGAUAGUUGGAUUGCCCUACACAGCUCAAUUGAUCUCUUGAUACGCCGCGGGGCAGAAAUUCUGAGCCAAGACGCUGUAGGAAACACCAAAAUUCACUACAUUUGUGAGGUGGCAUCUAUUCCACAUCACUUUGGGGCACUUCUAAUUCUUCUAUAUGAAUCCACACCAAUAUUACUAUGCUCCAAGCCAAAUGAACAUUCCAUUGAAUCAUAUUAUUACACAACACUGGAAGCCGAGCUAUACGAAGGUUCUCCUCUUAUAUCAAAUCUGAGUAACAAGCUGAACCUGCCGCUUGAACUACAAAGACGUCAAAGUUCCGGAAAAUUUUCCAAUUCAGCCUUGUUAAAUAUUAUUAAUAAUGAUAAUCAAACAGCAUUACAUGUGAUUUUUGAGAUGUUGGAUGUUAAACCAUACUCCUCUUCUAUCGAAAGAUUCGCUCUAGAGUUGUUAAAAUUAGCCACCAAAGAAGACGUUAAUAACGUUCUACCUGAUGGCCGGUCUCUUCUAAACAUAAGUUUUAAGAACGGAUAUGAUGCGCUAAGUCAGAGGCUUGUUGAUAUGGACAUAGACGUCAGAGCUUGCAAAGAGAUCGAUGGGGAGGACUUUUCUCCUCUUGAAUUGCUCUGCACAUAUUCAUCAGAAAAUCAAGAGCUGAUUCGAUCCAUGAUUUCUCGCCUAAGACCCGAGGAAUUAUAUGAAUCUAGAGAUGACUUCUUGAUACAUACGGCCUGCUCCCUAGGGUCGAUUGCUGUAACAGAAGAAUUCCUUUCUGCAGGAUGGAGCACUGAAACAACAAAUGAGAUCGGAUGUACGCCUAUUAUUUCAGCUAUCGAAGGAGGAGAAGAGAGCACUGUGGAGCUACUUCUAGCACAUGGAGCUCAUCUCUCAAAUGUAAUGUAUAAAUUUGGAGAGCUUGACCAACCAUACAAUCCACUCGAAUUCGCUAGAACGGCAACUAUGUGUCAAUUGAUUGAUUCUAAAGGCUUGAUCGACUGGUCUCCAGAGGCCCUUGAAGAUAGAGAGGAAGUCUUUAAAGGAGGUUGGGUACCAGGCAUCACUUCCGAUCCCAAUGAACCAAAUUCUUAUUCCGGCACAUGGGACUCAAAGGCAAUUUCCAGUAUCAGCGUAUUACAUGUAGCAGCAUACAAAGGCAAUAUUGAAGCUUUAGAAUUUGGAAUAGUUCAAAAGCAUCUCAAGGUUGAUGCACAAGCUAGCCUUGGUCUAACACCUCUAUUCUUUGCUAUAUUUGGCGACGAAGAGAGCGCGGUGAAGAUGCUCCUUCAACAUGGAGCUGAUGCCAAUGAAUGCUACGGUCCGGUUAAAGUAACACCAUUACAUGUUGCUGUAGCUGCGGAGAAUGUUUUUGUUAUCGAGAUGCUCAUCUCUCAUGAAGCCGAUCCCAAUUUCGCUAAUACGGAUGGAUGGACUCCAUAUAUGGUUGCAAGGUUGAAUUAUAAAGAUGAUAUCAUGGUAGAAGCACUACAGAAUUCACCAUCAUCAGCUUCUCCCCUCCAGAGAGUUGUUGAAAAAGGUGACGACACUUUUGGCACAGAUAAUCGCAUCCAUAUUGGUUUGGAGAGAGCUAUAUUGUGCAACGAUGUUGAAAUGGUCAAUGCACUGUCCAAGAAUGGAUGGAGUCCGGAAAGCACAUGUAGUUGCGGAUGCACAAUUCUUUUAGCGGUCCUCCAUAACGGGCUGCUGGAACUUGCAGAAUAUUUCGUUGAUGCUGGUGUAACAAUUAAAGGCUCUAUCAUGGAAUCUUGCGCCGCAACAACUAUCACAGAGCUUUUCCCUCCGGGGCUCCCACGACGAGGCAGUAUAGUCGUUGAAACUCUCAAAUCCCAACAAUCUCUGGAAGGUUCCACAUCUCUUGAUCUUGCUACCGGUUUUGGAGACUCAGAACUUGUACAAAAGAUCUUGAAUAGAAGUCAGCCCUCCAGCCCCCAAGUGUUACGUGCAUUGCAUACGGCGGUAUUGAAUUACCAUACAGGAUGUGUUAGAAUCCUUCUUCAUUGGCUAGCCGUCCAAAGUCGGAACAAGAAUUGCCUCGAGGCCGAGCAUACAGUGAUCACUCACCCUGAAUAUCUUUCGGCACCAUUACUUUUCGCAGAGCACAAUGGCAGUCUCAGAGUUAGGCACGAGCCCCUAGCUACUGCACUAAACUUAGCGGCAAACUGUUCAAAUGACUCUUUUCGGGUCAUAAACGAGCUUCUAUCACAUGGUGCAGAUCUAGAAGCUCGUGAUCAAUAUGGAGACACGGCGCUUCAUCAUGCCUUGUUUAAUGGAAGUUUAAAAGCAGCCAUGAUUUUAGUAUUUGCUGGGGCGAAUGUGAACUCUAUAAGCGGUAAAAAGCGCAGUCCAAUCCAACUGGCUCUGGCGUACUGUACGCCAAAUAUAGUUUCCCUUUUGCACAAGUUUGGAGCAAGCCUAGAGACUGAUAUGUACAGCAGAGGAGAUUUGCUAUCAGUUGCUAUCCAAAGAUCUAGCCCUGAAAUGGUACACGCUUUAAUGAAAUUGGGUGUGAAUUUGAAUACGGAGGAUCAAACAGGAGUACCAAUCUUACUCACAGCUUUGAAAUAUCUCGAAGAGGACUUCAUUCUGGAACUUUUACCUGAAAUUGAUGUUAUUCGACAUAAAAAAUUGGGUACUAUGCUUAACCAGGCCUCAGCUCAAAGUUUGUCAAAAAUUAUAUCUGUUCUGCUUAGCCGAGAAUUUAAGGUACCAGGAGAUAUCAAUGAAUAUGUGAACCAUGCGGGGGAAGAUGGUGCGCCGCUCUAUUUAGCAGCCAUUGGGAAAAAAAUCAACACAAGGGUGGAAUGUAUGGAGCUCCUAAUCCACCAUGGUGCUGAGAUAGAUCUUGUCAGUGGUCCUCAGGGAACCUCUCUCAUGGCCGCAUGCUAUCACGGUGCAUACAAUUCCGUGGUGUAUUUAUUGAAGCAUGGGGCAAGCACCACGUGCAAAAAGCGCGACGGAAUCGAAACCACUGCCAUGCAGGCAGCCUACUUGCACAAGGAUAUAAUGCUAUUGCUGCAAAGCUUUCAAGACGACGGGCCAAAGGCUUUGGAGGAGCCAAGAACAGUCAUGAAUGCAAAUAUUCCAAUGCUUGAGUGGUGUAUGUUGAGACUGGAGAAUAAUGAGAAGGAAGCGGAACGAGAAAAUCACCUAAGCCUGUUGGCUUCCUCUCAGCCUUGGUGGACCGAAGAUAUAGAUACAGAUGAGGAUUAG